AUGCAUCAGCACCUACGCCCAUCGCCUCGCAGCGCCUCUGCUGCGAGCAACCCUUCUACAAAUCCCGAAAGAACGAACAACUCAAGAGAUCGCCCACCACAGCGUACCCGGUCGAGCGUCGAUCUGGCUUCCUACACAGAAAGAGCUGCAGUGGAGACGGCCUCGGACAGUGUUCGACAGACCGGGGCGUCGAGCGGAGAAGAUCGAGAGGCUACCAAAUUGAAUCAGAUCAUUCAGGUAUAGUACAGCCGACUUGUGGGUGCCAAUAGUAGGCUGAUGAUGAUCGCUAGCAUUUUCACUCCAAGGCCGCUCUGACCAUCUGCUCUUCACGCGCUAAUCUUCCCCAAGUGAGCACUCGGAACGGAGAUAUCAAGCAAAACAGAUGGGUAAGUCUCCUUGCAUCCGAUAAUCUUUUCACCCUCUUCCAUUGGGAAAACAUUGCGUAUGGGCGCGUGCUUCUCAGAGUGCAAUCCUUCGCAUUAUCGGCACGAGGGUAUACGAGACUUUGGUCGUAUUCCAGCGCCUUGGCCUGAACUGUCAUGGUAAAGGGUGGAAAUUUGAUCCAAGAAGCCUUGCAUGCAUUUAUCCGUCUGAGGCUGUGGAUGUGGGCGUGCCAUUCGCCCAAGCUACCGUGGCUGUCCCUGGGCCCAGCAUAUCCUAGCAUAAGCACAUACUCUUUAGCCCAUUGCUCAAAAGUCGCCCAAACCGUCUGCUAAUCAUCACCUGUAGUUCAAUGUCAUUCUUGACGAUACGGAUGUGCUUGCUGAAGAUCUGAGCCCCUGGAGACGACCCGACCUAUCCGAGAACAAGCCACCGCCUCUCAUGAUAGAGGUGUAUCUUGAUACAUCGCAUCUGUCCCACAACCAAGCCCUGGUUGUCGUAGACGAGACCGGAAAGCGAUAUGAUGUAGCAGACGCCUUGCCGUCAUCUUCCGACUCGAGUCCUCGAUCGACGAGGAAUGGUGGGCGCUACUGCGAGGUCGUGCUCGAGCGCUGGACGAUUGAGCUUGGCGAUGCUGAGGACUGCUCCUCAUCCGAACUUAAUGAUGCGCUACCGAAUGUGUACAAGAAGGGCGUUGUGCUCUUUAGAGCAUUGUACAGCUUUGCCCGAUUCCUGCCCGCUUGGAAACUUCACCGCAAGUUGACAAGACAGUCGGGGGCACAUCAGGCCAUGAGACUACGUUUCCGCAUUCGAGCUGGUCAUAAUCUGACACACGGCCGUCACGACUCGCUGUAUGCUCCGCUCUGCCCUUCCGAGCAAAGGGGAGCAUCAGUAGUCGAGCGCUACCGCGUGCCGCCGCUGCUGUGCCCUGCCGGUCCCUUAUCCAUCGCCGUUGAUUACAGGACCAACUGUGACUUCAACGUAGCGGACUCGGAGGCAUUGCUUAGCUCGCGCUUUCUUGGACUUGAUGAGGGUACCCCCGUUUUGGCGGCGGGUCGAUCGCUGCCUGGAGCUCGCAGCGAACAGUCACGAGUGCAGUACAGCAGUCUAGCUGGUGCGGUUGGAGAGCAGCGCCCUCGCACGGGUGCGUAUGGAAGCCUUGGCACAUUUCAUGCCGCCGAGAAGCGCGCCUCGCCCGUCACCGAACUCCGACGGCGCGCUCUUGACAUGGACUCCGACGAAAGCGACACGGAGAGGGACAAGGUGAAGGGCAAGAUGAAGGCCGCAGACAGCCUGUCUAGGCGAAGUUCAACGAAGCUCGUUGCAAAUCCACCGUUCAAAGGAGGCUCUUUGGCUUCUUCGCCACGUGCAUCCCCUUCGCCCAGCACAUCUGCGCCACGUUCAGACUCCAGCUUCGCCAAACUCGCCGGCACGUCGUCCGGCAAGCGCGUGUCGCUCAACACUUUACCUCAGCAAGCACUGCGAGCGCCACCGAUACCGAUACCGAGCGAGACAGCAAUAGCUUCCUCGGGAUCAUCUUCACCAAAGCCGGCACCAGUACACCGAUACAGCAGCAGCUUUGCGAACCGGAGCAAACGUUUCACUCCCAGUAGCAAGACCGGUGAGAGCAAUACGAGCUCCGGGCGUGCAAGCCAUUCGUCGAAAGAAAGAUCUGAGGAGAAGUGGAUGGCACCCAGCUCUCGUGGCGCCAACGAGGACUUGCUUCAGGGCACGUCAGAUCAGCCCGGCCUGAGCCGACAAGCGAGCGGCUCACUGCCAGGCCCUGCAACCGAAGACAACGCCAUUUUUGGAUUCAUACAAGAGCUGGAGAAGGCCAAAGACCGCACUCUGCGGUCACGGCCGGCAUCGCGCGAUAACACCGUCAACUUAUCCAAGUACAGCAGCAUGAAGGACCCGGGUGCGCAGUUGGCAGACGAAAUGAGUGCUUCCUCGCUCAUACAAACUUCAAGUACCCCACCAAGUCGUCGUCUAUCCAACGUACCUGGACUUUCCACGUCUUCUUCACCAUCAAGAGCUCAGACAUACGCACCGCACGUACGCUCACGGCUUUCGACUCACAGUGUUGCAGAGGAGAUCAGUGGCGCAUCCGGUGCAUCCGGCGAAGGCCUGGACAGUCCCAAGAUUCGCGAAGAGGAGGAGCAUGAGGACCAGGAGGAAGACGAAGAACCCUUCAUCUUUCCCCAAGACAACGUGUAG